AUGGACAGGCACCAAGCGUUCCAUGCGCUCCACGCGGCCAAGGCCGCUGCUCUCGAGAGUUUGGCGGCCGGUGUCGAUCGUCUGUCCGAGGGUUGGAAGUGCAGGUCAUGCGGCAAGGUUUUUCUUCGGCUGAACCUCGUGCUCAAGGGCCACUCGUGCCGCCCUUCGAUCUCGGCGUUGCCAGUCCAUCGCGCCCGCCGGCAACCAGCAAGGGUGUCCAAGAAGCAGAUUCGACCACGCCGCCGAUUCUGCGUAUUGAAGCCCUGGCGCCUGCGCAAGAAAACGAAAUCUCAUGAGGCGCUUACAGCGCAGAACGCAGGCCUGGGGAGCGCCACAGCCACCUCUACGGCGGCUGUGGCGCUCCCCAGGGAUCUGGCGUAUGCUGACAUCGCCGAGGCUACCAAGACGGCCCGUCUUGGCGGCACCGUCGCCAUGCAAUUGAACCCCAGUUCCAUCUUCAAUGGAUCGCGGUUGCGCUUUCUUCUUAGCGGUGCCAGCAAGCGUGGCCCCGAGCUGGCGCCCGCAGUCGGGCAGACGGUGUGGCUGGCCGAAAGCAAGUGUUACGCUGCAGUGGUGAGCGUGGGAGGCCCCGAUGCAAUCGAAGCGCUGCUUUAUCAGCGCGAAGGUGGCGCAUGCGGUUGCAGCCAGCAUGCCGCCGACGGUGCAGGGGCGUGUUGGCGGCUCGCGAAGCCCCUGCGUUCGGCGCCUGUUAGCUGGCAGCCUGACAUCGUGUGCCGAGAGACGUUGGUACCCCGCGUGGGCGCGCCAGCGAGUUCAGGUUCAAAGCCCCGCUUGGAGAAGCCAUGGCAUCGAUGCUACCGAGUCGCCGCUCGAUCGUCGCCUGACAAUGGAGUGCUUGCGACUACAGGCACGGAGGAGUUGUUGGCCGCGACAGCUGGCGCCUUCGAGGAUUUCAGCACCUGGAGAGACGCAUUCUCGCAGGCGUGUGCAGACGUAUACGAGAGCGUGGCUGUCGUUCCCAUACGCUUCACAGAUCCCGACGGCAACCCCGCAGUGCCGCGCGCUUGUCCCGAUGCAGGUAAGGACGACAAGAUUUGCCAGAUUGUGAACCAGGGGCGCCAGCCCGGACCGCGAGUGCUCUCCUCGGUGGGCGUGCGGGCCAGCCUGUGCCAGAAGUGCAAGUGCAAGGCGCAUGGUCGCGUCUGGUCCGUCCCCGUGAGUGCCUGCGCAUCGGGGGGGGCAUCGCUCUCUGCAGACGUCGUGGGCAAGCUGGUCGUCGCGGGCGACUUUUGGCCAUCCGCGUUGCUGGUCUUCGAAGAAACUGAGUGCUACGAGGCGGUUCGCCGACACGUGACAGCAGCCACCGCUGACUCGAUGGCGCGGUCCCUGUCUCAACACCCUCGCUUGGGCGAGUUGUCCGGCUUUGAGCGGGCGGCGCUGCUCCGGGCAUUCGACCGCGCUGCGGAUCUUGCCCCAGAUCCGCAGACGUUCGGGUCACUGCUGUCGGCGUACGCAAACGCCGUUUGGACGCCGCUUUGCGUCGACCUGUCAAGGUAUGCGUUGGCGGCCGCAGGGGCCGUUCUCAACAUGGAUUUCAGCGUGUCCGAUUGUCGGCAGUUGAGCUGCCGAGCGCUCGGGGGCAGGAACCAGCGCAAGCGGGUCUUUGGGGGCCUUGCCGCACUCGAGGAUAUACCGCCUCUGCCGCCGCUGUAUUGUCCGAUUGAGAAUCGGCCCCAGAAAGAGAAGCUCCUCCUGACUGCGCUCACGUUGAUGCAGCUGGACGGCGCUCGGCCAAUGGGGGCGAACACAGACAAUUUGGCGGCGGAUUUCUCGAUGAUGGUGUCGUGUCUGCAGGCGGCUCUGCCUCCUGGCACUGUUGUCAUGCAGGACAGCCCCGCGGAUGAUUUUAUCCGCGCGCAGAUGGACGCCGGCCACAUCGUCGUCGACCGCUCGACUUACAAGGUGUUUGGCUUCGAGCUCGGCGAGGACCCGUUACAUAUUUAUAUGAGAUUGCUGGGAGCCAUCCAUUUCUCAUCUCGCGAGGCCGCCUGGGCAAUCCGCUGCCUGCGGAAAGCCCUGGGCAGCUGGAACCCCCUCGUGCGCGCAGGACACGACGGGGCCGAACAUCAGGACGCGCAGGAUGAAUUGCUGUAUGCCGCUGCCGAUACCGCCGAGGGACGGGGGCCAGCGCAACCAGUAGUCAAUCUCCCCAGCAUCCUCUCUGCGUACUUCCGUGCACAGCGGCUGCCGCAGACCGCCCUGAAGAUGGUCCAGGCCAGGGCUUCGGACAAGUGGACGCAUCCAGAUAACGGUGCAAUCCUGCCGCCGUGCGCCAAGGCCGUGGUGAUUGACGAUAUCGCGCGUUGGGCGAACCCGGGGGUUCCGCGCGCAGAGGCGACGGCGGUCGCAUAUCGCGCCUGCUACGAGUCUUUCCCGACUGCCGAGUCGAUCCGAUCAGAUCUACAAGGCCUGAUGAACUUAUUGCGCUUGCCGUGUUUUGCUGGCGUGCCGCGGGAUGCCGGCACCGCGUGGCACCGGGCUCAGCAUGCGUAUUUGCUGAGGUUGCAGAAGCGGCGGCCCGUGAUGCGACGAGAAGACAGCGCCCAGCCGGCAGCGACAAGCCUCCAAGCUGUUCCAGCGGGUCACCAGCCGUUCUGCGAUGCUGUCCAGGAGCAAUGCAAGGACGUCCACGUCCACGGCCUGCUGGCGGCAUUCCGUAUCAAGGCCUGGGCCCAUGCCCACGGGUUUGACAUCAGCCUCGGCAGCAUUGGGGUCGAGCGCUUAUGGCGCAACAUCCAGCGGCAGGCUCGGAACAAGGGGCGGUCUCAGGCGAGCCUCUCCACAGUGCACAUUCUCAUCCUCAGCCGCUGGAUGCGACUCUUGCAAAGCCGUCUUCUUCGUAUUUUCCACGCCCGCGGCCACGCCAACACUGCCCAUCUCGCGCAGCUGCUGCUUUCUAAGGAAAAGCUCGCUGCCGCACUAGCUGGCGAGACUCAGUGCAAGACGCCGAUUGCAUCAGCUUCCCGCGCGCCCGCCCUGCCAUUGUCUGAGGCAGAAAUUGGUCUGGUUUACGGCGUUUUCACCUCGGGCAAUUUAUAA